GGUCCAUCAUGAGACUUUUCAUACUUGUGUCAAUAUGUGUGGUGACCGUUUCCUUUGCUAAACCAACUAAGUUAAACAACAGAGUCAAAGAAGAUGAGGCUAAUAAGAAUGAGGGACUGGCCUUGGGAAAGUUGACCAAUGAAGAACGGCAGAUGGUUCAGAUGGAACGAAACCAAAUGAAAGCAGAAGAGGCCAGUAAUAAAGCAAAAGGGAAGGCUGGAAAAUCAAGCCAAGUUGAUGCUGACCAAGCCCUUGAAGAAAACAAGGCUGGAGGCAAAGGGAAAGGAAAAGAUGAACAAGCAAGCAAAUCAAAAGGUAAAGAUAAUAAAGGACUGAAACUAGGUCAGUUGAGCAAAGAAGAUAAAGAGAGAGUUCUUGAAGAGCAUAAAGAGAGGGCCAAAGGUAAAGAAAAUAAAGGAUUGAAACUAGGUCAAUUGAGCAAAGAAGAUAAAGAGAGAGUUCUUGAAGAGCACAGAGAAGAGGCCAAAGAAAAUAAAGGACUGAAACUAGGUCAGGAAAAUAAAGAGAAAGAGCAUGAAGAACAUGAACGAGAGGUAAAUGAUAAAGAAAAUAAAGGACUGAAACUAGGUCAAUUGAGCAAAGAAGAUAAAGAGAGAGUUCUUGAAGAGCACAGAGAAGAGGCCAAAGGUAAAGAAAAUAAAGGAUUGAAACUAGGUCAACUGAGCCAGGAAGAUAAAGGGAGAGUUCUUGAAGAACACAAAGAGGCCAAAGGUAAAGAAAAUAAAGUAAAGGAAAAUAAAGAGGAUAAAGAGAGAG